AAAAUAUUUAUUUGGUGCAAAUAUGAAAUAUGGCUUCUAAAUAUAAAGAAGGCGAUGGUUUAGAACAGCUGCAAUAUUCAGAUCAAAUUACUUCUACUGGAACUUCAUAUGGCGACAUAAGAUUUCGAAAGUCAAGAAUUGACUAUAAAGACCCUGAUCCGAUAUAUGAUUUAAGAGGAUACGAAUAUAAGAACAGAAAAUCCUCUCGGUCACUCUUUAGAGUAAACAGGGGGGAUUUACUGAAUCUUAUUAUACUUAUAUUAGUAGCAUUUAUAGUGAGAUUAUAUCGGUUAGAUCAACCUACUUCAGUAGUAUUCGACGAAGUACAUUUUGGUGGUUUUGCAACAAAAUAUAUGAGAGGAAGGUUUUUUAUGGAUGUGCAUCCACCAUUAGCAAAAUUACUGAUUACACUUGCUGGUGUAUUAGGCGGGUUUGAUGGGAGGUUUGAUUUUAAAGAAAUUGGCAAGGAUUAUUUGGAACCUAAAGUGCCUUAUGUAGCAAUGCGUUUAUUACCCGCUAUGUUGGGAAUCUUCUUAAUACCAAUUUCUUAUUUAACUAUAAGAUUAUCAGGGUUCAGCAGUGCUGCGUCGUUUUUAGUAGCUGCUUUAAUUAUAUUUGAGAAUGGGUUGGUAACACAAAGUAGGUUUAUUUUACUGGAUGCACCUCUUAUUGCUUUCACUGGUUUUACAGUGUUAAUGUGGGUAAAAUUUCAUAAUGAGCAAACAAGACCUUUUAAAUUUUGGUGGUGGGUUUGGUUGGCAAUGACUGGAGUUGGACUUGGGCUUACAGUGAGUUGUAAGUGGGUCGGACUUUUUACAAUUGCUCAUAUUGGAUUAUCAACGAUAAAGGGAUUAUGGGAAUUACUCGGUGAUUUAAGAAUAACUCCGAUUCAAUGGAUGAGACAUUUUUUUGCUCGAGCAUUAUGCUUAAUUGUGAUUCCAAUAUCAUUAUAUUGUUUCUUUUUUGUUAUCCAUUUUGCGAUAUUGCAAAAUGGUGGUGAUGGAGACGGAUUCAUGAGUUCUGAAUUUCAACAUACUUUAAGAGGACAUGGUAUGAAUGAUAUGCCAAUAGACGUUGCAUUUAAUUCGCAAAUAACAUUAAGACAUGUUAAUACGCAGGGAGGAUAUUUACAUUCUCAUAAACACAAUUAUCCUGGAGGAAGCACACAACAACAAAUUACCUUAUAUCCGCAUAAAGACCAUAAUAAUUUGUGGAUUUUACAAAAUGAAACCAAUCUCGCGGUAAAUGAAACUAAACCUAUUUGGGUUUAUGAUGGCGACGUAAUUCGACUGGAACAUAAUUCGACUCACAGGAGGUUACAUAGUCAUGAUGUCAGACCUCCAGUUACUGACGCAGAUUUUCAGAAUGAAGUUAGUGCUUAUGGUUAUGAAGGAUUUGAAGGGGAUGCGAAUGAUUUUUGGCGUGUAAUAAUUGUGGAUCAUGAUAAAUCAGAUCCGGAAUCUAAAUUGCGUCUUCGUACACUCCAUACAAAAUUCCGUCUUCAGCAUGUUAUUACAGGUUGUUUUUUAUUUUCCCAUUCUGUGAAAUUACCUGAUUGGGGUUUCGAUCAACAAGAGGUUACAUGUGCGAAGGGUGGAAGUUUAUCGAAUUCAAUUUGGUAUAUUGAAACAAAUUUUCAUUCAAAUAUUCCUGAAGAUGCUGAGAAAGUGAAUUAUAAGAAGCCAGGAUUCUUUGGAAAAUUAUUUGAACUUAAUAAAGUGAUGUGGAAUACUAAUUCUGGUCUGACAGAUACUCAUCCUUACCAAUCAAACCCAUCGUCUUGGGUUUUCAUGAAAAGUGGCAUUAACUUUUGGAGCAAAGAUCAUCGCCAAGUUUUCUUAAUUGGAAAUCCAUUAACAUGGUGGUCCUCUGCAUUUGCAUUAAUCGUAUUUGUUUUUGCAAAAUCAAUUAUGCUCUUGAGAGCCAAAAGAGGUUAUAAAGAUAAUAAUGCAAUAAAAGAGCAUUUUGAAUCCAACGCAGGCUUCUUCUUCAUUGGAUGGUGUUGUCAUUAUUUUCCAUUCUUUUUAAUGAAGCGACAACUUUUUCUGCAUCAUUAUUUUCCAGCAUUAUAUUAUGCAAUCUUACUUAUUGGCAUAGGAUUUGAUUUAGUUACAAUUCGAUUAAAGACAAGAAAUCGUUAUAUAGUGGCCGUAAUGUUUUUAUUUGUAGCAAUAUAUGUAUUUUCAUUAUUUUCACCGUUGACAUAUAGUAAUCCAUGGACAAAAAAAGAAUGUCACGGAGUUAAAUGGUUAAACACUUGGGAUUUUGAUUGCAAGCAUAAUUUUGAUUCUUACGAACAAUUUUAUAAGGAGAGUUCAGAAACAUUAUCUGUUUCGAAAACCGAUGAUGGUUCUUUACCACUUGAUAUUAGUAGUAAUGAACUACCCGCAGAAAUAUUAACAAAAGAAAAUGAAAUAGAACAAAAGAUGAAUGAUACUAUUGUAAACAAUAAUGAUGUUCCUGUAGAUCUUGUAGAAACACAUAAUGAAAAAGUUAGAGUAGAUGAUGAUGGAGAAAGAGCUAUUAAUAUUUAGUGUUGUAAUAAUUAUUAACAGAUUGAAUAUAUAUAUAUUACUUAAUAAUUUUUAAUUUACUAUUUUGAAUUACUUUAGAUUAUUUAUUUAUUCUACAUAUGAAAUAUAUUAUUUACCGCAACGGUUUAAUAUUUAAUAAAAAAAAUUAAUCACCUAUUUUUGUUUUAAGACAUU